UUAAAAAUUUCUGAUUUUAUUUUAGGUUAUUAUUUAAUUCUUUUAUUUGCUAUAUUUAUUCAAAUGGAGUCAGCAAGAAGUGGAUUUCUUUCUCCUGAACAACAAAUUGAAUCCUCUGUUUCAAUAAGCUUAUCUACUCCACUUAAAGAAAAUUUGAAUGACACAACAGACACUGCCCACUUUCCAACUGAAGACUUGCCCGAUUUGGACGAAAAUGGUUUACUUGAUUGGUCAGACAAAAAACUUGUUAAAUCCCUGCCUAGAGAAAAGUGUGCUGAAUUGAUUAAAUUGAAGAGAAAUAUUUUGAGGUUGAAUGUUUCUAGAAACUCAUUGAGGUCUAUUGAUUGUGCUCUUCUUCCAUUGGAAAAAUGCUUUGAGAUUGACGCCUCCCAAAACGAGCUUACCCAACUCCAACAAUUUCUUCAAUUAAUCCAAACUCUCAAGAAACUAAAUUUGGCGGACAACCGAAUGAAUUCUCUUGGAUGCCUUGACACUUUUAAUCUUCCCAAACUUGAUCAACUUCACAAUCUAUCAACUCUAAUAUUAAAUUGCAAUCGACUCAGGGCAAUUCCAAAUUUAUCCAAACUUGAGGCCUUAACUGAAUUGGGAUUACAUGGGAAUUUGAUUCGUUCUUUUGAAAAUAUUCAUACACUUAUUCCGUCUCAAAAUCUUCGUAUUCUUGAUUUGGGUGGCAAUUUGAUAUCAGAUUUGUGUGAAAUUAAUUAUUUACGAGGAUUUACUUAUUUGGAAUCCCUGACUGUUUUAGGGAACAAUUUUGCCUCUCCAGAUGGAUGUAAAUUUUCUUAUCGACCUUUUGUGUAUUCCUGUAUACUUGGAGAAUUGAAAAUUUUGGAUGGCGUUUGUUUAAGCGAAGGGGAAGUUCUUAAAGGGGAAUGGCUUCACUCAAACAGGAAAACGCGUUCCUUCCGUCCUGGAAGUGGUUCACACGCUCAACUUUGUGCCUUUUUAUUGCUGGAAUGUCCUCUUGUUUCGAAGGAAUUGCCUAUUGAAGGAGUUAACGAUGAUAGAUUGAAAAAGAUAAUUCAAAAACGUCGAGAAUACAAAGAUGUUCGUCUUCAUCAUCAUAGUACACCUUCACUAACAUAUGGAAAAAGACAACAAUUUAUGUCAACAACAGUCUCGCCUAUCAGUAGAUUUAAUACGACACCAAGGGGAGGAACAAUUUUAAAAAAUAUUAAUUUUUCUCCUCCAUCAUCUCCAAGAAAUAAAAAUUUAGAGGAAAAAACAACAAAAAAUUGGCGUGUUAAUACAGUUGUUAGUUCAAAUAAAGAACAACAAAAAUUGAUUGAUGAUUCUGCUAAUUUUACUCCAACAACAAUUUCUGUUGCUUUACCACAAACGCCUAAAACUGCAAGAAAAGAUGAAGAUUUGAAUAUUAAUGGAACUCAAUCAAGUCAACUCAAAACUACCUUUGAAACUAGUACUUUCGUUAAUGACACAAUUCCUCAACAACCGCAGCAACAACCUCCAAAAGAUUUCCCGCAAAUUGGAAUUCUUCGAAGUGCUUCAAUUCAUCCUUCUCCAAAUCCUCGUCCUUUUAAUAUUGUUCGAAAUGCAACAUUCUCUCAUCCAUCACCCAAACUUUCAAACAAUUUGAAGACUUCAGAGAAUAUUAAAGUGCCUCUUUUGGGUAAAGCGACAGAAAAGAAAAAGACCAAAGCUGUUGGCUGUUUCCGUUCCGUGUUAGCUCAAAAACUUCGUCGUCGCUCUACAGCUCCAAUGCAACAACCAACAACAACAAAUUCAGAACAAACACGUAAUCAAUUAUUACAAAAAAGAGUUGACAAAUUGAACGAACAAAAUAAUAUGCUUUUUGAAAUUGGCGAAGAAAAUGUUAAAACAUUGCAACAAUUAGCUGGGAGAUUGGAGCAAGUUGAAUCUGCUUUAACAACUCAAAUAAACCAAAACCGAACACUUUGUGAUUUACUUUUACCAACACCAACUCAUUUAACAACAAAAAAGAUGGAUGGAACUAAUAGUGUGCUUGUUAGUUGGGAAAAUAUAAUUCCAAUUUUGAAUGCUAUUGAUCAUUAUGAUGUUUUUGUGAAUGAAAAACAAGUGGGAAAAGUUGUGGCGCGAAAUAAGCGUUUGUUGAUUACUGACACAAAUUUGAAUGAAGAUAUGAGAGUAUCAGUACAAGCUUGCUUCUCCAAAUUGAAUAAUGCCCGUUCGCAAAAAGCCGAGAUUAUUUUACAUGCCACGGAAGAAGACGAAAAAGGAGAGGAAGACUCACCCGAUGGAAAGGAGAAUGAAAAGGAAAGAAUCUCCUGA